GUGAAACUUGCAGCAGCUGUGUUUGUGUGUCCGUGCACGUUCCGCUGCCAAGGCUUAUAAAUAGGCCGGCGCUGUUCUACCGGGUGACAGCGCGCGCUCAGCGGGGAACGUGGCGCAGGCGCGUCCCGGUUUGCAGCUGAGUCCGGACUCGUCCGGUAACGUCCCUCCACUUUGGAACGCGGACGCAAAACUGGACGCGACGAGCAGAAGGAGGAGAACAUGACGGUGGAUCUGGAGGCUCCUCCGCCCGCUGCACCGGAGGAUUUCGCCAUCCGGUGCCGAGACGUGUGCCGGUCCUACAGCAAACUGAAGGUCCUCAGCCACCUCAACCUGACGGUGCCACAGGGACAGAUUUACGGUCUCUUGGGCCCCAGCGGCUGCGGGAAGACCACGCUGCUGAAAUGCAUUGUGGGAACGCUGAAAAUCUCGCAGGGUCACAUCACGGUGCUGGGGCGGCCUCCUGGUUUCCCGGGUCACGACGUGCCGGGGAAGAAGGUCGGGUACAUGCCGCAGGACCUGGCGUUGUACAGCGAGUUCACCAUCAGCGACACCCUGACCUUCUUCGGCCGAGUCCACGGCCUGACGGCGAAGGAGACCAGGGCGCGCAUGGACUUCCUCAUCGACUUCCUGGACCUGCCUCAGAAACAGAGCCUGGUCCGAAAGCUCAGCGGGGGUCAGAAGCGCAGAGUGUCGCUCGGAGCUGCUCUGCUCCAGAAUCCAGAGCUGCUCAUCCUGGACGAGCCAACGGUCGGAGUGGACCCUGUGCUCAGGGCCAAGAUCUGGCAGCAUCUGGUGGAGAUUGUGAAGACGGGGAAAGUGUCGGUCAUCAUCACCACACACUACAUCGAGGAGGCCAGACAAGCCAACGUGGUCGGGCUCAUGCGGAACGGCCACUUGCUGGCGGAGGGGCCUCCAGACGAGGUCAUGAAGCAGCACAAUGCAACAACCCUGGAGCACGCCUUCCUGCAGCUGUGUCAGACUCACGACCAGGUCGACUCCAAACGAGGCUCCAGUCCACAGGGGGCGCUGCUGGAGAACAGCCAGUCCUUCGAGAGCGGCCGAGACGAGAGUCGACCGAUUCUCGCCAUCGGAGCCGGAGCCGAGGAGGAAGUUCCCAAAUAUUCAGUGGACUGGAAGGUGCGAGCCCGACACCUGCUGCCCAAGUGGAGGAACAUCGUUGCCCUGAUGAUCAAGACGCUGGUGAGGAUGAAGAGAAUGCCCGGCUCGUUGUGUUUCCAGUUCGUGCUGCCCGUCAUCCAGAUCUCUCUGAUCUGUCUGUGCGUGGGGGGGGAUCCGCGGGGGGUCCAGGUCGCCGUCGUGAACAACGAGACGUCCCCCUCGGCCUACAGCCUCACGCUGCUGUCCUUCCUGGACAACACCAGCGUGCAGCAGGUGCCCUUGUCUCACACAGAGGCCUUCGAUGGGAUCCAGAAUGGAGAGUACUGGGGCGUCAUCGGCUUCGGGAAGAACUUCACCAGCUACCUGACCAAAAGGAUGAUGCAGCGGCAGGUUUCCAGGGAGGUGGUCGAUGGAGGAUCAGUGCACGUCUGGCUGGACCUGACAAAUCGACAAAUUGCCUUAAUGCUGCAGAAGAAGCUUCACGAGGCUUUUCAGGACUUUGUGGACAAUAAGUUGGGCAGCAUGUCGUACCUGGUGUCGCUGCCGGUGAAGAUCGAGGAGCCGAUCUACGGCGACGAGAACACAGACUUCACCACGUUUGUGAUGCCUGGAGCUGUUCUCAGUAUCACCUUCUAUCUGGCUGUGGGUCUGACGGCUCUCUCCUUUGUCCUGGAGAGGAAGGAGGGGCUUCUGGACAGGUGCUGGGUCGCAGGUGUGAGCUCCAUGGAGACCAUGCUGGCUCACCUCCUCUCUCAGCUGUUUGUCAUCAGCGUCCAGAUCGUCCUGCUGCUGCUCUUCAUCCUGCUCGCCUUCAAUAUGCCUAAUGAAGGCUCCCUGGUGCUGGUCAUAAUUCUCAUCGUGCUGCAGGGCGUCACCGGCAUCUCCUUCGGCCUCGUCAUCUCCGCCGCCAUCGAUGACGAGCAGAGCGCCAACCAGGCCGCACUGGGCGUGUUCUACCCCAACCUCAUCCUCAGUGGUAUCAUCUGGCCCGUGGAGUGUAUCCCGUAUCCUCUCCGGUACCUCAGCCUUGCUCUGCCUCAGACCUACGCCUCUGAGGCCCUCCGCUGUAUAAUGUACAGAGGUUGGGGUCUGAGUCAGAUGAUGGUGUGGCGAGGCUUCGCCGUCACCCUCGGCUGGAACACCUUCUUCCUGGUCCUGGCCACGGUCAUCUUAAAGCUGAGGACGUGAUCAUCCUCAUCCCCCCCGGAGGACAUCCCUCGGAGCGGGGACGGACGCUGCCGGGAGACGCCCCGGGACACGAGGACUCACCUGGGCCUCCUCCUGUCUGUGGACGUACUGAUGGAGACCAGGAGGAGACACGUCAUCUGUCUCUCAUGGACACUUGAUCCUGAUCCUGCAGCAGCUCCAGUGUGGGAGACAUUUAAAAACCGCUGCAUGUUGACGAGACACGUGCACAACAUGAGGAAGGAUCUUAUUUAUUGUUACAGUUCGUUCCACAUAUAUUUGUUUUGAUAUGUUUCCCCCCCCCCCUGAACGACCCGACACGACUCAGAGUCUCUCUCUCUCUCCGUUUGUCCUUCGUCUCAACGCUGAUCGAGAGAUUCUGCUGUGAUUCACUUUCUUUCACAAUCGGUGAGGCCUCGGGACAAAGAGGCCUCGGGAAUCCAUGAGGAAGAAGAGUCGGUGAAUUCACUGAAGGAGGAUGUUGUUGUUGUUUGUCUAACGAAUAUUUAGAUUAUGGAGAAAACCUUUUUAACAACCGUCUUAGCACAAGAGAAUCUCAGGCCUGUUUUUAUUGGCUUUACAAUGAGAAAAGGUGCGGAGGGGGUUGUUGUUGUUUUUGUCGUGGUUGCAAUGCAUCAUGGGAACCGGCUUCCAGCAGCAUCUCCUCUGGUUUCUUACUUGUUGUGUCCGUGGACAGUUUAGCAUCUUGUCCAGUGUGAUACAGGAAGUGUCUCUACCGCCCCCUGGUGGUGCAGCAUGAACCCUGCCUCCUCCAUGUUAGUGUCAGGGGCCAAACGGAAAGCUUGUGUAUCGACCUCACCACGAAGACGCCGGUGUUCGGCUUCAUUGUUCUGGACAGUGGAGACGAGGCGUCCAUCUUUAGUUCCAGUCUUUGGUUGUUGUGUUGCCUGCAAUGGAGGAAAAGGGAAGAAUUAUGUUUUUAAAUUCUAUAAGUGAUGUUUAGAUAUGAAAUAUAUCCAGCCUGUGUUCUUAGAUUGUUGUUGCUGAUUGGUCGGUUUAGAGCCUUUUUUUGUUCCAGUCAUCAAUGAUGAAGAAUUCUGCGUUUUAAAUACUUUGACCUCGUAUUAAUGAAUAUUGUUUAAUUGCUAAAUGAUUUUGUUAUCGGCCAGUUCUUGAAUUCUUUGGUUGAGAGGAGAACGUUUCCUCCUAAAUAUUUCUUCUUGUUUUAAUUUAGUACAAACAAACAUGGAGCACAUUUUUUGAAUCAUGAUUAGAAAAGAUAUAAACUAUAAAGAAGUAUUGAUGAAUAAUUUAUCCCUUCUUUGAUUUCUGAGCCUGUGAGCUCUUUAAAAGAAUCAGAAAAUAGCCUCAUACGCUAAGAGUCAGAUAAGAAGUCAAAUAUCAUUCUCAUGUACAUGUCGCCUCACCAGUGGAUGCUCCCACGAACUUUGAUUUACCUGCCUGGAGGUGAAAUGUCGUCUGUGGGACAAUUUUUCACCAAAUUCUGCCAAAUUCUCAUAUGAUUCUCUGCCAAUGUCCCCAAAUAUGUAAAGUGUCUCUGUCACAGGAGGUUUGACCCGAGCAUCUCCUGCUGUGUGGACGUCCAUGUGGACGCAUGCUUGUUCCCUCAGUAUCUCUUUGUGUCGGCUGGUUUGAAUCCAGCUGUGAAUCUAAACACGUAUACCAGCAUGUGUCGUGUUUAGCUGUUCUGUAAGCGCUGCCAUGAUGUCACAUGUUGGAUCGUUAAUGUCCGUUAACGGGAUAAAUAAUGAAUCUAAACAGCAUCUGAUUGGUUUAUGUGAUGAUCUCAUGCUACACGUGGAUGUAAGCCGCUCUUUGACGUUUUUCUCCUGCGCUGUGAAUCUGCCGUUGUUGCUCUGCUGCACAUUUUAAGAGACGUCACGCUCUGGAAACAACCUCCAUCUCAGAUCAGAUGAAAUCCAACGUGCUCCUUCAUGGACUCAGCUGCUUUUUGCCAAACCUUGAGGACAGAGCUGCUCCUUCUUCGGCUCUCGGAUCAUAAACUGUGGAGGAAACAGUCGACUCCUCAUCUUCACAUUCAGUCUCUGAUGUGGAUAUUCUACAUGGUAUUACUGUGAGCACUGUGUUUCUGGAUAAUUGGGAUAUUUUGUCUAUUCAUGUCUAGUUUUGUUCUAAAAUAUUAUAUCUAUUUUGAAGGAAAAACCUUAUUUUCACUAUUGACAUUGGAAUACUCGAUAAAUACAGAUAUAAAUCUGAUUUAAGUGUUUACAUGAACUGCAAGGAUCCUGCUUUAAAACAAUAUUUCAAAUGAGCUGAUUAUUUUCCAAUUUAGCACAGACUCAGAAUAAAGGUGAAAGUCAUGACGGUUCCUGAAGGUGACGCCAAAUCAUUUUAAUUUAAACUGAAUCAAAACACCUGAUAAAAUAUAUUUGAAUGGGCGGGGCCGUGUAUUUCUGUGAAGUAUUUUAAUGGAAAUGUGAAACGCCAGCUGUGGUGUGUUGGUUUGUGUAAUUCUGAACAAACCACACCCACACAGUCAUUAUAAGAAUUAAAAUCUUUAAUAUAAAUUAUACUUAAACAUAUUUUUAUCCCCAAAUAUAUAAAAAAUGGAUUGUUUACUGUAAGUACUUGUCCAUGAUAGUUUUUUGUGUUAAUAAUUGAAUAUCUCAGUUGAUGUAAACUUAUCUAAUGUUGUGAGAGUGUAUGUUGCCGGGUUGUGCCACGUCUGCUCCAAACCUCCAGUGAACUACCUCCACCCCCCCCCCCCCCCGAAGUGAAGCUGCUGUGUUGUGACACGUCUGCACCGUGGACACGCUUCCUCGACCUUCUGUUCGUGCACUUUCAAACAAUAAAGUUUGUGGAGAUAAUCCUG